CCUGCCUUUUCCGUUCAGGACCCACUGCCCACAGGACCUGUGGCCCACCACUGCUUCCUCUCACUUGACCCCUCUUCUUCUACCUUCUGUUUCCCCUCCUGAUACAAUGGACCCAAACGCCAUCAAGGAGGAGCUGCGCCUGUUUCAGAGCACACUGCUCCAGGACGGACUGAAGGAGCUGCUGAAUGAGAACAAGUUUGUGGACUGCACUCUGAAAGUGGGCGACCGCAGCUUCCCCUGCCAUCGGCUGAUCAUGGCGGCCUGCAGUCCCUACUUCAGAGAGAUCUUCUUCACUGAAGAUGGGAAGGAGGUGGAGAACACCAAAGAGGUGGUCCUGGAGGACGUCAACCCAUCCAUCCUGGACAUGAUCGUGCAGUAUCUCUACUCCGCUGAGAUCGACCUGACUGACGACAAUGUGCAAGACAUCAUAGCGGUGGCUAAUAGGUUCCAGAUCCCAUCAGUCUUCACCGUCUGUGUCAACUAUCUUCAGAAGAGGCUCUCCGCAUCCAACUGCAUGGCCAUCUUCAGGCUAGGCCUGGUCCUUAACUGUCCCAGGCUGGCAGUGGCUGGCCGAAACUUCAUCGCAGACCGCUUUGAGCUGCUCCACAAAGACGAGGAGUUCCUCAAGCUCGCGGCCCAUGAGCUGUUCGCCAUCAUCGGAGGGGACUCCCUCAACGUGGAGAAGGAGGAGCUGGUGUUUGAGGCGGUCAUGAAAUGGGUUCGCUACGACAAGGACAAGCGCAUCAAGCUCCUGAAGGAUGCGUUUGACUGCGUCCGCUUCCGCCUGCUGCCAGAGAAGUACUUCAAGGAACGAGUGGAGACCGAUGACAUCAUCAAGUCGGAUCCAGAGCUUCAAAAGACCAUCCAAGUUGUCAGGGACGCCUUCAAGGGCAAGCUGCCAGAGAAACCUCCAAAAAAGGAGGGCGAGGAGGACAAGGAAGGAGACGGCUUAUUCCCCGGCUGCCUGAAUGACAACCGCAGACAUGGCAUGUACACGCGCGACUUUAUCCUGAUGAUCAAUGACACGGCAGCGGUGGCUUAUGACGCCAACGAGAACGAGUGCUUCCUGGCCGCCAUGUCUGAGCAAGUGCCACGGAACCAUGUCAGCAUGGCGUCCCAGAAAAACCAGCUCUACAUCAUCGGAGGACUCUUUGUGGACGAGGAGAACAAAGACACGCCGCUGCAGUGCUACUUCUAUCAGUUGGACCCUCUUACCUCUGACUGGAUUGCCUUGCCUCCCAUGCCGUCUCCAAGAUGCCUCUUCAACAUCGGGGAGAGUGAAAACCUCCUGUUUGCGGUUGCUGGAAAGGACCUGCAGACCAACGAGUCACUGGACACCGUCAUGUGCUUCGAUACCGAGAAGUUGAAGUGGAGCGAGACCAAAAAGCUUCCUCUUAAGAUCCAUGGACAUGCUGUGGUCUCCCACAAGGGCCUCAUCUACUGCAUUGGAGGAAAGACAGAUGACAACAAAGCUCUCAACAAGAUGUUUGUGUACAACCACAAGCAGGCUGAGUGGAGGGAGCUGGCGGCCAUGAAGACGCCCAGGUCCAUGUUCGCCGCCGCCGUUCACAACGGCAAGAUCAUCGUGGCAGGAGGUGUCAAUGAGGACGGGCUCAGUGCUUCCUGCGAAAUCUACGACUUUGCCACCAACAAGUGGGAGCCUUUUGCUGAGUUUCCUCAAGAGAGGAGCUCUGUCAAUUUGGUCAGCACGGCGGGAGCCCUGUACGCUGUUGGAGGCUUCACCAUGGUGGAGACGGAGAACAAGGAGGUGGCACCAACAGAGGUCACCGACGUGUGGCAGUAUGAAAGUGACAAGAAGCAGUGGAGCGGCAUGCUGAGAGAGAUGCGCUACGCCGCGGGCUCCUCCUGCGUCUCCAUGCGCCUCAACGCUGCCAGGAUGCCAAAGUUGUAGACCCUGCUGUACCUGCUUUGACAAUCAACUCCCUCAAUUCAUCUCUGCACCAGAAACAACCUUUAAAGACUGCGUCGUCCUCCCACACGCAUUUAGAUUUCGGAAGCUGCUUACAUAGUUUCUAAUUUUCUUUUGUAAAAUAAACAUUUUUAAUCUUCCGCUCCUUUGACGCUCGGUUGCAAACCUCAGUGCUUUCAUCGUGGUCAGACA